GGAGAAUAAAAGGCUCUAUAAGAAGUCUCGGCAAGUUAGUGCGCGACCGUGCGUCGUGCAUCAUCCAGCUUAGCAAACUGAUUCCGAUAUUCCAACUGGACCUUUACUCGUCUCGCCACCAAACAGACUGGUUGUCCUUCGGAAGUUGUAUAUAAAAGAGCGAGAAAGAUAAAGGGACGAAAGAAGGCAAGAGAUUAAAUUUGAAGAGCUGACGCAGGAGAUAGGAAUUCGAAGAAGGUAACGAGGCUUAUUAAGAAAUUAAUUAGGAAUCAAUUCCGGAACGGCAAGUCAAUAGAAAUGGCGGUACAUUUUCUAUUCGCAAAAUCGUUUCUCUUGGCGAUAUUCUUCGUAAAUAUUUGUGAGAAUUAUGCUGCUUAUCAGCCACCAGCAGCUACGGUGCAGCCACUUCAUCCCAUGGGACUGCGCAUUUCUAUUCCUGAUGAGUUUGGAAUUACAUUAGUCGCCUUCCAUGUGAAAAUCAAUGAGGAUUUUGAUGGCUUAGAAGCGGGACAUAUCGCGAAGGAUAUUCUCAAAGUUCGCAAUGGACGAUGGACUUAUGAAGACCGGCACACUCAAUUAAAGAGAGAUGAUAUCAUCUAUUAUUGGAUUCACGUGGUAUAUCAAGGCCUUGGUUACAAUUUGGUUGAUCAAUCACAUCGGGCUGUUGACUUUUACAAUUACGAUGGCGCUCCAUACGUUGCCGAUACGGUUCAAAGUUCGCAGAAUUGCGCGACGACGUCGACGACAUGGGUCUUCGAGAACGGCAAAAGACGACAAGCCUGUCCACGUCAACUCAUUUUUGAGGACAACUUUGAUACUCUUACCGCACAAUGGAAUAUAUUGAAUCGUUUUGGUUGGAACAAGCCGGAUUCCGAAUUUGUCGUCUACAUGAACGCGACAGCAAUGGACACCACUGAUGGACGGUUGCGCAUUACACCGAUUCUGCUUAAUACUCAAUACAGUAACAGCAGGGACUUUGUAUCUCAUGGAAACUUAAUUUUGGAAGAUUGCACGGGCGAAGUUGGUACAGAGGAAUGCCAACAUCUAGCCUCUGGCUCAUACAUCCUGCCUCCUGUAAUCUCCGGACGUAUCAAUACAAAGGGAAAAUUUGAGUUUCUCUUCGGACGUGUCGAAAUAAGAGCCAAAUUACCACAUGGCGAUUGGGUGUAUCCUCUGAUAACACUGGAGAGCGCCGAGAAUACAUUGGAAUUGGGACUACAUCGCGAGAUUAGGAUUGCAUCCUCGGUGGGCAACGAAGAGCUAAGGACUCCUGAGAGUGAGACCGUCAGUGGCCGCAUACUGUCUGCGGGCGGACUGAUCACGUCCUUAGACAACAGCAACACGCAGAAUAACCGCAUGACGCUGCCCAAGAGACAGUCGAGCAAACCCUGGUCGGACGAUUUCCAUGUCUUCGAAAUCGAAUGGAAGAGUGGCCUCAUUGUAGUAAAGGUCGACGGAGUUCAGUACGGCGAGCAAGCUGUCGAUGGAUCAUUUGGAAAACCGUCGUAUUUGACUUUGGGCGUAGCUGUCGGAGGCAUUCACGAAUUUCAGGAUUUCGUCACGAGCAGCGGAUAUGUCAAACCUUGGCGAAAUGUCGAAGCAAAGGCAUUGUUGAAAUUCUAUCGCGCGAAAGACCAGUGGUAUCCCACGUGGGACACACGAACAGCGCUUCAAGUGGAUUACGUGAAAGUGUGGGCAUUGUAAAUACUUUCGUCUCCAUGAAAUAGUAUUUGUAUGGUUACGUAUAUUUUGUAUAUCUUAUAUAUACAUGUAUUCUAUGCGCGCAUCUUUCUUGCAAAAUAGCACGUUCACAUGUUUGUAAUAACAAUUGCGUAACUCAUAUAUAUUAUACGCAAAAUAAAUAACACGUACUGAUGA